UCUGAGUCUGGACUCACACUCACUUAUUACAGACUCUAUUUUUUUAACGGUGUUUACAAAGAGACUCAGACUCAGACUCUGACUCAAAUCAUUGAGACUGAGUCUGAAAACGUGAGUCUACUACGUAGCUGUCUCACGUGAAGUAAAUCUCAACUGUCAUGGCGGACAGACAACUUGACAGAUAUUACCGGUAUCGUAGAUUUAGGUUGCCUCGUCGACCGCGUGUAUUUACCGACAGAAACAACCCUUUAGAGAUUUUAGAUGUAGAGAGUGUCCGGAAAAGAUAUAGAUUUUUUCCGGACUCAAUCAUGAUAUUAGUUGGAAUCGUGGAGCCAACGAUCGGUACAGCGACGAUGAGGAGCAACCCGCUCCCCCCUCUCCUGACGGUAUUGUGCUGCCUUCAGUUUUUUGCAACCGGAGCGCAUCACAUCGUAAUUGCACAGGCUCAUGGCGUGUCCAGGUCGGCUGUCGGCAAGGCAAUUCAUGCCGUAUCUGUUAUCCUUGCAGGACUGUUAAACAGAUACGUUAAAUUUCCAACGGGGUUGGAAAUUGAAAGUGUAAAACGAAAGUUUUACAGUGUCGCCGGUUUCCCAAAUGUAGUUGGAGCAGUUGAUGGCACUCAUGUCAAGAUACAGGCACCACCAGACAACGAGGCAGAUUAUGUGAAUAGAAAGGGCUAUCAUUCCCUGAAUGUACAGAUGGUAUGUGAUGCAAAUUACAGGAUAACUGAUGUUAUUGCUAAAUGGCCGGGAUCUGUGCAUGACAGUCGAAUGUUCUCGGAGGGGAUCUUGUGCCAGAAGUUGGAGACUGGACAAAUUGAUGGACUGCUGCUUGGGGACAGUGGGUACCCAUGUCGAAAAUACCUCAUGACACCCUAUGCGAAUCCUAGAAAUCUGUCGGAGGAAAGAUUCAACACAGCUUUGUGCCGCACCAGAGUGCUCAUAGAACAAACAUUUGGAAUGCUGAAGAGGCGCUUCGCAGUACUGAAAUACGGAAUAAGAACGACACCAGACAGAGCGGCUGUUUAUGUUGCCUCAUGUGCAAUGUUGCACAACUUUGGUUUUGAGCAUGGAGAUGUGUAUGGACGCCAAACAUACGAGGAUGAUGACAUGCCACAAGUGGACAACCAAGGUGUUGAUGUUAAUGGGCGGACCCAAAGGGAUUAUAUUACCCAAAGGCACUUUGCUGUUUGAACAAUCACCCUGUCAAUCAUUUGUCAUUGUUGUACGUGUAUAUUUUGCAUAUU